CAUGAAACAUUCGACAUCCGGCAGACGUAAGUUUAUGAAGGUCUAGCAAGCCUAUAAAUGGGCAUCGUUGCUCUUUCCGAAACCAGUACGUUUUUGACGCCAAGUGACCAGUACUCGGUAAUCAUGAAGUACAUUCUUGCGAUAUCGUGCCUCCUGGCGCUAUCCGGGCCGGCGAGAGCUAAUGGGCUAGAAGGAUUAGUUUACGCACCAGGGCAUGCUUCUGCGGAUUACUAUGCCUACCCAAGUUAUGCAUUCGAGUACGCCGUAAGAGAUCCUCACACCGGUGACAACAAAGCGCAAUGGGAAAAACGUGAUGGCGACGUAGUAACCGGUGCAUAUUCGUUGGUGGAGCCAGAUGGCAGCAUACGAGUAGUGGAAUACCGAGCGGACGACAAAUCUGGUUUUAAUGCGGUCGUUAAACGAAUCGGACCUAACCUUCACCCAGAAUCAAAACCGAUCUACAAAGCACCCAUUCCGACCUUAGGCUACGCGGCGGCUCCCCUUACUGUAGGCCCGGUGGCCGGCCUUGGCGGUCUAUCGAGCGCUCCAUACUACAGCAAGCCCUACAGUCCCGGAGCGUAUUCUUCUGCCUCAAUAUACAAAUCAGCAAUCCCAGCUGUCGUGAAAGAGGUCCUUCCGAUUCCACGUGUGGUACCGGCACCGAUCUACCCAGCCCCCGCGCCCAUUCUGCCUGCACCUCUGCCAGCGCCAUUGCCUUUACCGAUACCUCUGCCUUCCUUGCACCCGGCCCCGUACUUGCCUCGACAGCGAAUUCCCAUUCCUGAACCGAUACCGUACGGUCCUCUCGGAGGAUACGACUCCCUCGGUUCAAACUAUUUGUAUUCCUCUCCACUAAGCUACCACUAGUGAUGGGAAUGCGGAACUGAAUAACGUUUUAAACGCCGCUUACCAUUAACUGGCAAACCUUCGUUUUAAGUCGUCCUUGUUUGCGAGAUUCUUUUCUCGCUUUAAAAAAAAGCUUAGUGUAAGAUAUUUAUAUUUCUAAUGUAUGGCAUUAUGUCAGUCAAGAUAGCAUGAAUAAAACACUAACCACGUGAUGUGGUAGUUA